GUUUUCUUUUCUUUGUUUUUGAAUUUUGUUAUCGAAGACUCAACCUUUGUAAUUUUUCUCCAAAAGCUGAAUCUUUGAGAGUUUUAAGUGAUUUAGAAGAUGACAAUUGGGGAUAUAACACCAAAGAUGGAGAGGAAGUCGAGGAGGAGCAAGCAUGUUGUUGACGAGAAAGCUCCCUUGUUGCCGAAACAAUAAGAUGAAACUGCUGGUUAUGAUGGAUUCAAUGGAGCUUCAUUUACUGGGGCAGUGUUCAAUUUAUCAACAACAAUUGUUGGUGCUGGGAUCAUGGCCUUGCCUGCAACAAUGAAAGUCCUGGGGAUUGAUUCUGGGGAUUGCUAUGAUCAUCUUCAUGGCAUUCUUAACUGAUGCCUCCAUUGAGUUCUUGCUUAGAUUCAGUAGAGCUGGAAAAACAACUUCUUACGGAGGUCUAAUGGGAGAUGCAUUCGGAAAGUAUGGCAGAAUCUUUUUGCAAAUCUGUGUUCUGGUCAACAAUAUUGGUGUACUCAUUGUAUACAUGAUUAUUAUUGGUGAUGUGCUUUCUGGAACAUCAUCAAGCGGGGUGCACCAUUCUGGUGUCCUUGAAGGGUGGUUCGGAGAACACUGGUGGAACGGGCGAACCUUUGUCCUUCUCGUCACUACACUCGGCAUCUUCUCUCCGCUGGCAUGCUUCAAGCGGAUCGAUUCCUUAAGAUUUACAUCGGCCUUAUCAGUUGCUCUAGCUGUUGUGUUUCUUGUAAUUGCGGUCGGAAUAGCGAUUAUCAAGCUGAUUAGUGGAACUAUAAUGAUGCCUAGAUUGCUUCCCGAUGUCACCGAAUUGACUUCAUUCUGGAAACUCUUCACUGUUGUCCCUGUUCUAGUCACUGCAUACAUCUGCCACUACAACGUUCACAGCAUAGAAAACGAACUCGAAGAUUCUACGCAGAUAAGACCGGUUGUGCGAUCAGCACUGGGUUUAUGCUCAUCCAUUUACAUAAUGAUAAGUGUUUUCGGGUUCCUUCUAUUCGGUAACGGAACAUUGGAUGAUGUGCUUGCCAACUUUGAUACUGACCUUGGCAUCCCCUAUAGCGCUCUGCUUAAUGAUACUGUCCGUUUUAGCUACGUUGCUCACCUAAUGCUCGUUUUUCCCGUCGUCUUCUAUCCGCUGCGACUCAACAUGGACGGCCUUCUCUUCCCUUCUGCAAGGCCUCUAGUUCUGUCUAAUACGAGGUUUGCCUGUAUUACGGCCGGACUCAUCGUGGUUAUCUUCUCGGGUGCUAAUUUCAUACCAAGCAUCUGGGAUGCUUUCCAGUUCACUGGAGCAACUGCUGCAGUUUGUCUCGGGUUCAUUUUUCCUGCUGCGGUCACUCUUAGGGAUCACCACUUCAUAGCAACAAAGAAAGACAAGAUCUUAGCUCUUUUCAUGAUCGUCCUCGCCGUAUUCUCGAACGCGAUAGCCAUAUACAGCGACGCCUAUGCCCUUUUUAAGAAGAAUUCAGGACAUAGGGCAUGAUCUAUGUUGCAGUUCCUCUGAUUGCAGGAAGUAAGGUUUUUUAGGCCUCGACGUCCUUGAAGACACUCGGUUUUUGCAGAAUCAUUCUCUGUCUGAUUCGGAAAUCCGGGUUUUCGAAGGAGGUUCGAUUAAGCUAUCUAAUAAGAUGAACUUUCCUUCCAAUGUAUAAAAGUUAGAUUGUAGGGAAGUGUAUGAAGUUCAUACAUCAUGCCCCCAUGGACGCUUAAUUCUUGAUUUUGAACAUUGUUAAAUCAAGUUGUAAAAUAGCAAAUACAGUGUAUCCAGAUUGUAAUAGACUA